UGAAAUCACCGAUUCGCCAACCACGAUCGUCGUAUUUAUUCGCAAUCGCUCCUGGAACCUGGCAAAUUUGCAUUUACCUGGCCAAAAAAAUCUGCUGUAUGAACAAUAAAUUGUUGGCAGAUGGAGAAAGUGUUUCGUACGUUCGUUUCACGUGUAUUCGAUUCCAGUGUCUACGUUGAUGAAACCGAGUGUGUCGCGACGUACUAUCGUAUCGCGUGGUGCUUUUGCAACGUGGAUUUUCUACGUUGGAAAAACUAGAUUAGCGGACAUCGAGGAAGAGGAGAAGAAUGGAAAGUAACAUGAUGCACACGUGCGAGUGGUGCGGUCGACCAUUCUCUUGGCCCUCCAGCUUGAGACUGCAUCAAAGAAUGGCUUGCGGGAAGCCACCAAACUUCUGCUGCACUAUCUGCGAUUACAAGUCCAACUUUAAGGGAAAUUUGAAGAGGCAUUUACUUUGUAAACAUCGGAUACACAUGCAUUAGCGAAUGGAUUACUGUGCGACCGAUCUGCUGGCCGAUAAUAAAGUGUACUUUUAUUCCAUGCGAAAACCUAA